GUCCCCGUCGUGCGAGGUAUUAAUUGAGGGUAGCUGCGACCGAGAAUGUCGACGUCCAUCGCUCCAAAACGGUGUCAAAAUGGCGCCGCCUUGCUCGUCGUGCGCGAGAGGCUCUGCAUACAUCCAAUAAACAGUGGGUAUGACAAUUAAAGAGGGUAAAAAAGAGGAGGAGAUGGUGGGAAGAGGUAAAGUGCUCGAGGGGCGAAGGGAUCCCGUUUUCCGUAUAUGGCUUACAUAAUCGCCGGAUUACCGAAGUGGGUCCUCGGGCGCCAAUGUUACCACCGCAAGUUAUUGACUUUGCAUUGCAAGUCGGCUACUAACGUCCAUUACACUCACUCUUGUACGCGAAGAAAUACCAAAUUUGACGCGUAACAAUGUCGCAACCAGACGGUCUAUGUCUGCGCUUUCCAGAGAAUCUCGGACUUCACGCAAGUCUCAGCCAUGAACAAGCAGCGAGCAUGCUACUCCGCGCUAUGCAACUUUCGCAAACAACGCCGUACACAUGGACCUAUAUCGACAGGCCACAAGUCAUGAAACAGACGGCCAACUCUACUUGAUUUUCGUACCGCCACAAAUGUCACUCCCCAUUGACGGCAUCCGGUAUCAGGACACGGAGCAAUCAUAUCGUAUUCCGCUUGGAGCCGGGCGCGAAAUGGAAAUUGCAGAGGUCAAGUUCGGUUUCGUGCCACUCCAAGACCAAGUCGCAUAUCGCGUUCGUCGUCGUUACCGGUUAAACAAAGGUGGACACCCUCAGCUGGUUCUUAUUCAUUAUACACGGGGCCAAUCUGUUGCCAUCGCGCCUUCAAUGAACACACCAGUCCGAGCGUAUCCUUUACGAACACCAAACGAACCUCACGUCUACGUUAUUGGUGACAAGACAGGCCAGAAGGUUUACCCGCAAGGAAUGGGUGGUCCACCUGCCGAGCGACAACCUUCAAUACCACCGGCUGCAAUGGGCCCAAUGGGUAUGAAUUAUCCUAUGAAUGCACAGGCCAUGUUGGCUCAACAAAACAGUCGGAUGGAGGCUAUGGAGCGGAACGCUCGUGAGCGUGAGCGAAGUGGUAGUAUGAGCCUGCGACCAGCACCACCGCGAGAAACGGAAGAAGAUUUUAUCCUGGAUGACUCGGAUUUGAUCACUGGCCGAGCAUUAGCCCUGGCUCGCUACCGUCGUAACCACGAGUUCAUGAACGAAGUCUUCAUGCACGCAGGUUUCGGCAUGUUGAAAGAAAAGCCGGAGAUCAAACCGGCAUACUCAAUAUUCAACAAGGAAGAACUUGAAGCAAAAAUAGCGAAGCUUACGACCGAAGUCGAGGAUCUCAAAACAAGAGCGGCGGAACGCCAGGCUGCAAAAGAUGCCGAGAACCAACUGGCUGAUGUGGCAAUGGAGCCGCUCAGUCUGAGUAGUGACGGGAUCGCUGUGUAGUAUUAUUAUUUUGUGAUUUCGUGCGUCGUGUUGCUUGUUCGUUAUCAUUAUUGUUUUUCUGUAAUCCUACUUUACUUUCGGAAUGUUCGAUGCAACGAUACCUCUCUGACCCGUGACCUCGUUCCCGACGGUGGAAAACGUCCCGAACCGCUAACCGCCUUGGAAGUAACAUUGUUUCUUGUAUGCAAGACAACAUGGCACAACAAAUCUAUUUGUCGUCGUACGCCAUAGGUGUUCGCGAAGACACAGAACGCUGUACGUUAGGAUGAUUCGGAGACGUCCUUGGUGUGACAAACUACUACAUCGGACACCUCCUCGUUCCAACUGACCUUGUCCCUGAAUUCGUAUACGGUGAUGUCCAUCCCAUCCAUUUCACAAAAUCACAUCCACUCACUACACAAGUCCAUUCCAGAUGGCGUUCAUGGACUAUUUUCUUCUGGCACUUCCACAGGGAUUGCCUCCGAAAGUGAACGGACAUCUUUACGUUAAGCUCUUGGGUAAUUAGCGGACACAGGCAAACCUUAGCGACUAAUUCUUUCGAGAUUUAGCAGAGGAUACACCCAAGGGGUUAUCGCUCGAUAACGGGACCUGGGCGUUCCUGUGACUUGACAUCAGUCCGAAGUGCAGGAGAAAAAGUAUCGAAGUGGACAUGGAUAUGUCCAUGUCUUUCCAACGAGGACCGAGAUGAAUGGAGCGGCCGACUUCCAGUCUUUCGGCGGAGGUGCGAUAGCGUAAGAUCUAAUUUACCUUGCACUGUCUCCAGAAAACACGAUUGGGCAGGACAAGACCUUACCCACGUCACACAGACUUUCCACUCCUCAAUCAGACCUCCCCUAUCUGUCUACCAACCUACCAUUUCACCACCGCCGUUACCCCUCUACCAGAUGGAGAAACCCUACUGAAUGGCGAUCUCCUCUCUAUGUCUAUCCGCCUCUGGAAAUUCCACGGGAAAGAUUUUGUAGUGCGAGACAUCGGUAGACAGCAUGUAUGCGAGAUUUCCAUAGGGAAGACCGUGUACUGAAUAGUAUCUGGACCGGAUGGCCGUCAAUGUUUCAAUGGUGAAUUGGGGCAUGUCGGGCUGGGAAUUGGUCUAACGGACGUAUCGCGAAACUGUAUUGAAUAUAUACAUGUAGAGUAUCCUCGGAAGUUUCGAAUCAUACAUGAGGUGUAUCUUCGCGUC